CAGGUUUCAAGACAAAGCCCACUGUCCCGUCCCCCUAAAACCACCCUUUUGCUUGGACCCCAGUCCAUCGACACUCUUUGCGAGCCAUGGAUUUGGGUCCGUUCAAGCUGCUGUUAGAGUUCUUACCAACGAUCCCAGAGCUUGCUGUCAUUGCAGUCGCCUCGUAUGCGGCUUAUGUGCUGCUGCUGACAAUAUAUCGCCUGUUCUUGCACCCACUCGCUAAAUUCCCCGGCCCCAAGCUCGCCGCGGUGACAUCCUGGUAUGAGGCAUACUACGAGAUUAUUCUCCAGGGACAGUACUCUCGUAAAAUCAGCGAGUUGCAUGCCAUCUACGGUCCGGUCAUCAGGGUUACACCACAUGAAAUCCACAUCCGAGACAGCAGAUUUUAUGAUGAAGUCUACUCUAAGAAUCUGCAAGUCGACAAGCAUGGUUGGGACACACGAUUUGGUACUGAAAACGGCGUUCUCACGACCGUGGACGCUGCGCUUCACAAACGGCGCCGCGCUGCUUUGAGCCCGAUGUUUUCGAGACGAUCGAUUAUCAGCUUCAUUCACAUUAUCCACCGACAUAUCAACACGCUGUCCUCCCGAAUGAAGGAAUUCGAAUCUAGGAAAGAGCCUAUGAACCUCACGCAUGCAUUUCCAGCGCUGACAGGAGAUAUCAUUAUGGAUUACUUCUUCGGCUUCAAUUAUGGACAGCUCAAAGAUCCGGAGUUUGAUUCGUUCCAUGAUGCUUUUAUGAAGAUUGCGGGCACAGGACAUUUGGCAACGCAGUUUCCGUGGAUUUUGCCUGUCAUGAACUCAAUGCCAGAUUUUCUCACGGAAUGGCUUCAACCCGCCGCAAAACCGCUCCUAAAAUUCAAACGAGACCAAUGGGACCUCAUCGGCAAGACCCUACGCGGAGAUUCGAUAAAAUGCAACGACGCCCCCAAAACCAUCUUCCAAGAAAUCCUUUCUUCCCGCUUCCUCCCCCCCUGCGACAAAACCCAACAACGCCUCGCAGACGAAGCACAAAUUGUCGUCGGCGGCGGCGUAGAAACCACCGCUUUCGCCCUCAACGUCGCAGCCUUCCACAUAAUCAACACACCCCACAUCUACGCUCGCUUGCACUCCGACCUCGUUACCGCAUUUCCGAAUGGCGCAGCUCUAGAACUUGUCAAACUCGAACAGAUGCCAUAUCUGAAAGCGAUUAUCAUGGAAGCUGUGCGUUUGACGUAUGGGCUUAGUGCGAGGAACCCGAGAACGCAUAAUAAACCGCUGAGAUAUAAGCAGUGGGUUAUUCCCGCAGGGACCUCGGUGUCAAUGACAAUUCCAGAAGUCAGUCACGAUGAGGAGAUUUUUCCGGAGAGUCAUAGUUUUAUGCCCGAGAGGUGGUUGGGGGAACCAAAGACGAGUGAUGGGGUGCCAUUGGAGAGGUUCAUGGUUAGUUUUGGGAGGGGGACGAGGAGUUGUUUGGGGAUGAAUCUAGCAUGGACGGAACUCUACUUGACCCUUGGCACAAUGUUCCGGCGCUACAAAUUUGACAUUUUCCAAGGUGACGUCACAGACGUGCAAAUGGGCCACGAUUUCUUCAUCCCGGUCACGCGACUCGAUUCCAAGGGCGUGCGGGUCUUUGUUAGUUCAACUUCAGAUUAACUUCAGAUUAGCUUUAACAAUUCAUAUGAAUGAGCGCGUGGGCUAGGGCUAGGGAUAUAUGUAUAUACUAAUAUUAUACCGUUCGCUCGGUUAGCCGAACGGGCAUACAAG